UCUGAAAUGGCAGACGUCACGGCUUGUGUAGGGGAGUAUAGGCUGUGUUGUCAGCCUGGUGUCAGUCUGAUGAAGAUUGGCAUUCAGACUGUCUGGAGGGCAGUGUGCUGUCAGACUGACUCCAACAUCAGAUGCUCCGAUGCUGAGAACAAGCAAACUGAUCUCCAUGUGAAGCUAUCCCAUGAUGCAACAUGUGUCCCCAGCACCAGCAUUGACCAUGAUGGCUACACAGAGUGUCCCUCCACCAUCGUACCAGGAGAGCCAACAGAUGACAGGCACUACGCAGCAAAACUCAAAGGCCCAGCAUGUCCACCUCUCUGCAGCCUCAGCAGCCGGGGCCACACAGGUCAGCGUGACCCUUGACCCCCAAGCCCAGCUGGAGUCAGAUAAACGAGCCGUUUACAGGCAUCCUCUUUUUCCUCUUCUGGCGUUGCUGUUCGAGAAGUGUGAACAAGCCACGCAGGGAUCAGAAUGCAUCACCUCCGCCAGCUUUGACGUUGACAUCGAGAACUUCGUCCACCAGCAAGAGCAGGACCACAAGCCUUUCUUCAGCGAGGACCCAGAACUAGACAACCUGAUGGUGAAGGCGAUCCAGGUGUUGCGGAUCCACCUGCUGGAGCUGGAGAAGGUGAACGAGCUCUGUAAAGACUUCUGCAACCGUUACAUCACCUGCCUCAAGACCAAGAUGCACAGUGACAAUUUGCUCCGGAAUGACCUGGGCGGCCCGUAUUCACCAUCACAGACCAACCUCGGCCUGCAGCAGGAUCUGCUUCAGAGCACAUCCCCAUCGCUCACCUCUGUCUCCAGCACGGUAACCCCCUCUGGGAUUGUGGUCCCUGCCGGUUCACUGCAACAGAACAAUGUUGCCAUGACCACUAUCAACUCUCAGGUGGUCUCAGGUGGGACGCUGUAUCAACCGGUGACAAUGGUUACCUCACAGGGGCAGGUGUUGACCCAGGGGUUACCACAGGGAACCAUCCAAAUCCAAAACAAUCAGGUGAACCUGGACUUGUCCUCUCUCUUGGAUGCCGAUGACAAGAAAUCAAAAAACAAAAGAGGCGUCCUUCCCAAACAUGCCACGAACAUAAUGCGUUCCUGGCUCUUCCAGCAUCUCAUGCAUCCGUAUCCUACAGAAGACGAGAAGAGACAGAUUGCAGCACAAACAAAUCUUACUUUAUUACAGGUGAACAACUGGUUUAUCAAUGCCCGCAGGCGUAUACUGCAGCCCAUGCUGGAUGCCAGUAAUCCUGACCCCGCUCCCAAAGCCAAGAAGAUGAAAUCUCAGCACAGACCCACGCAGCGCUUCUGGCCCGACUCCAUUGUGGCUGGAGUCCUGCAGACACACGGUUCCCACUCCACAAACAAUUCAGACAAUUCUCUGGGCAUGGACGGCCUGCAGUCUCUGUCCUCAGACUCCGCCACACUGGUGAUGCAGCAAGCCAUGCUGGGAGGAACUGAGGAUUCCAUGGACGGCACAGAGGAGGAGGACGACGAAGAGGAGGAAGAGGAGGGAGUCGACGAGGAGGAAGAUGAAGAAGAGGACGAAGAAAGCCAGGCAGGCAGACAGAUGUCUCGGAGAGAUCUGGGCCUCAACCACAACGAAGGACUCGACCCACGCCAGCAUCCCUCUCCUCUCCGGCCUCAGGACCAGUUUACUGCUGGAUUGAUCCACUUUACAGACUUCUACUGGACUGGGAAUUCACAAGUUGCCAGCAUGUCUAUCGCCAGCAAGGCCGCCCAGGCGAUGCUCUCUGAUGCCCUGCUGAGGGAUAGUAACGGGGACAAUCGCAUUCGACACCUGGAGCUGGAUUUGCCAUUGGAUAAAGUCAUCAAGUUUGUUUCUGUGGGCCUGCCACUCCUUCUGGUGUCCAUGGCCUUUGCCAGAGAGAUUUCUAUUGGCCCACAGAUUAGCUGCUUUCCUCCCAACAACUUCACAAUAAAGCAGGCAGCAUAUGUGGAUGCGUACUGCUGGGACUCUCUCGUGCACCAUGAGUUUGACACAGAUGGGAACUUAGAAGAGCGUUCUCUGUGGGUACAUAAAAUGUUUCCGUACUCCUUAUUGGUCAUGGUGAUGAUGAUGUACCUGCCGGCUCUGAUCUGGCAGAAUCUGGCUGUGCCAAGCCUGACCUCUGACCUGUUUUUCAUCAUCGACGAGCUGGACAAGUCUUACAACCGCUCGGUCCACCUGGCUCAGAGCAUCCUGGACCUAAAACAGCAAUCAGAAAACCCACUGCAGUUUCAGGCUGAGCUUGAGAGAGCCAAACGCAAGCGUUACUUUGAGUACCCCCUGUUGGAGAGAUACAUGCAGUGCAAGCAUGGUUCCUACUUCUUGGUCAGCAUGCUCUUCCUGCGAGGCUUCCUGCUCCUGACCUUCAUGUCCGCCUCGUGCCUCUACCUGAUCUACUUCCACCUCUCUGCCUUUCUACAAGACGAAUUCAGCUGCUUUGUGCGCACCGGCCUCCUCCGUGAUCAGCCCUGGGUGCCUGAGCUAGUUCAGUGUAAAAUGACCAGCCUACUUGUGUUUCAGGUCAUUAGCGUAGCUAACGGUGCUGUCUAUGUGCUGCUAGCUCCAAUUGUUCUCUUUAGCCUGCUGCGUUUGUUCUGUUGGGACACAACGUUCCUCUCCCUUUAUGAGGUGCUGCCCGGAUUGGGCCUCAUGAGCGGUCAGAAACUGGGCUGCCCUCUUAACGAUCUCAAUGUGCUGCUCCUCUUCCUGCGCGCCAAUGUAGCACAGCUGCGAUCAUACAGCCGCCUGAGGGCCGUUUGCUCUCUUGCACCUCCUCGACUGAAGGGUGCGAAGGGCGUGCUGAUGGGGGAACAGGCUGAAGAGGCGGCAGAGGCUGCCGAGGAGCUCGAGGAGGAGAUUAGAGAAGCCAGAGAGGAGGGCAAACUCAAUCUAGUAGACAUCAUGACUGUGCUGGGAGCAGCCAGAGGAAACGCAGUGAACUGUCCAGAGCAGCGCCCUCUUGUGGAACAAGACAUGACGCUUGGUACAGUCACUCUCAUCUAUAUACUUAAACGCAUCCUGCUCGCUGGCAUUUUCGUGGCUGUCAUAUGGGACGUUCAGAAAAUCAUCAAAAGGAUAUAAAUAUGACAUUUAAAUAUGAGUCUGCUUCUGAAAGCACAUAAAACAUUUUUACCAUUUACUCAAUUCCACAGAUUUUCAUUUAAAAUCAGUGAAAAAAAGUCUAAUAGACCCAAUUCAUACCACUUUUCUGGUAAUCGUUGCCAAUGCAUCUCACAAAAAUUUUACAUAUAAAACUAUGUUAUCUGUUCUAAAGGAGGCUUUACGGAAAAACUAUCCUUUAUAAGUUCUAGCAUUCGCAUUGUGUUCUUUAUUUUACAAAACAAGUUUUUCACACUUAACGUCAGGGUUAUAACCAAAGUUUUUGCCCCUAACAGCACUCUCUGUUUCUCUACAGAGCCUAACCACCAGAGGUACCAUGAGUUGAAGGAGACUACAACAUGUUGUUUUGCCUAAAGCACCAGGCAAUGGACUGAAGCAGCACUUUCAGACUCUAGAGGGCCCCAUAGAACAGCUAAACCUCUGAGAUGAAAUAAAGAUAAAAAUGCAAUCGCUAGAACUCCUCUUUUAUAGUCCAGAAUAAUAAACAUUUCUGGAUUUAAAAGAAUACUUUUGGAUAUCUUACACAAAUCACCUCAGGAAUACAAACGUAAAGUCUUUACAGACAAUUUGAAAAGCCUCCAAUAGUUUCAUUCCAAUCCAUUUUUUAUAUCAUUAUUUAUUCUUUUCAUUCUUAUUAUCUGAUUUUUAUGGAUUCCAUACUUCUUUGAAAACUGGAUCUUUACUUGACCUUUUGUUCCCGUUUUUUUUAAGUAGGUGAAAUAAAAUGUUUAUAUUUGUGUUUUCUUUUUUCUUUUACUUCCACAUUCCUGUAAAAGUCAUGAAAUCAAGAAAUCAUGAUUUCUGAAAAAUGCAAAGCAUUGAUAAUCAUAGGAAGUUUUUGAUUUAGUGAUAGUUCAUUAAGACCGAAGUCAGCAUAUAAGGAUCAUGUGAAUGCAAUAAU